AUGGACGAACCAUUAAUGGCCCUGCUGUUUAGAGUGGCUGGUGCCAUAUUGGCUGUACUUGUUACUACAUUUGUAAUAAAACUAUAUCGAGUGCGAAGUUUCAUUCGAGGACUCCAGAAGCAAGGUCUUGUACGUUCUCAAAGCCCGUUUGGUGAUCAACCACCAAUCAGCUUUCCAUUUAAAAAACAUCGACUAACCGAUCUCAAGCCUAUGCCACCCCAUCAUUGGUUACUCGGACACAUACCUCUCAGUGCAAGUAUCAUUGGCAGUCUCCCUCCAUACGCCCAUGGCGUCUACGUUGGAGACCAAAUUCGCCAGAGAUAUCCCCAUCUCGACAGCGCCUUCUACCUCGAUAAUUGGCCUCUCGCUGCCCCAAUUCUCGUCGUGCUUAAGCCGGAUAUGAUGUACCAACUAACUCAGGCAAACCAAAUACCAAAAGAUAAAGGCAUUCGUGCAUUCCUGAAGCCCUUGACCGGCGAAUCUGAUUUGGUUACUUUGGAAGGCGAUACUUGGAAAUACUGGAGAGCUAUAUUCAAUCCUGGAUUUAGUGCUGGUCAUGUGUCAAGUCUGGUUCCGGGAAUGAUUGAAGAGAUCAAGAUAUUCAAAGAUCUGCUAAAGAAACAUGCAAAAAGUGGUAAAAUGAUAUUUCUCGAAGAUGCCACAGCAUUGCGAAGGCAACUGUUAUGGUGUACGACAGGCAUGAACAUUAAUCUUUUGGAAUACAUCAAUAUCUUUCGCCCUUUUGUGCAUGCAUACAACAGCUAUCGAAUGAACCGUUACUUAUCUCCAGAACUCGACAAACGCUAUCGAAGCAUCAAAGGCACUGAGGUACAGAAAAAAGAUAAAUCGAUUGUGGAUUUAGCGUUAAAAGCGUAUCUUGCGGAGAAUCCCUCAGCAACAGGCAUCGAUAAAAGUUUCCAGAAUUUCGCCAUGGCGCAAAUAAAAUUAUUCAUCUUCGCUGGCCACGACACCGCCUCUGCUGGUGCAAUCUUUACAUAUCAUCUGCUAUCCCAACAUCCAAAUGUACUGGAAAAAGUCCGGGCAGAGCACACCGAAGUACUAGGGGCCAACAUUGCGGAUGCUGAGUCUGUAAUUGCUUCCAAGCCACAACUCUUGAACCAGCUUACUUACACCAUUGCGAUCAUCAAAGAGAGUCUCCGCAUUUACCCCACUGUCGCCGCGCUUCGCGAUGGACAAUCUUAUUUCUCUUUGAUAGGGGACAAUGGCCUUCGUUUCCCCACCGAGAGAACAAUAGUCUGGGGCGAUCAUUAUGCCACACAUCAUAAUCCUGCCCACUGGCCGCGAGCCGAAGACGACGAGCUCUAUCCGCCCAAAAAUGGAUGGCGACCAUUUGAGCGCGGUCCUCGGAAUUGUAUUGGCCAGGAAGUAACCAUGACGGAAAUAAAACUCAUGCUUGCAUUGACCAUUCGAGAUUUUGAUUUCAAGGAUGCUUACGAGGAGUAUGAUGAAAUGAAGGGUAAUCCAGAGGGUUUGAAUGUAAAUGGUCAAAGAGCAUACAUGAUGCUUCGGGGAGGCGGUCAUCCGGCAGAUCAUUAUCCAUGUAAGGUAGCUUUCGUAAAGCAAAAGUAA